AUGCGAGCAGAGAAAAGAGGAAUGGCCGACUGGGAGAGAUGUUUGUUUGGAUCAGACUCGAACAGUCUGAACUUUAUGACAGAUGUUCUGUGGCUUGCCAUUGUGUUUUGUUCCGAAAAAUAUCGCAUGUUGAUUGGACUUCCACAAAUGGGUUGGAGUGGAGGUCAGAAAGAAACGGCCUUCCCACAAAGCUGCGGCUUCAUCCUGAAAGACUCAAGGGGUCAGGAUUGGGAGACACGAGUUCGCAGGGUUUCCCGUGCCAUGGCGAAAGAUGCUAAGGCUGCCAUGUCAAUGCAG